AAUACUUUUGAUACAGAAAAAAAAAACAACGUAGAGGCAAAAAACUUAAAAAUAAAAACAAACUGGAAAUUGAUACAUAAAACUUCCAUUGCAGCAACAUUUUUGCCGACCAACCUAACGGCAAAGAAACACAAAAAACAACAACAUGCCAAUGAGUGUAUCUCGUAAAUGUGAAGUGAAUUACGGUAUUUCAACAAGUAUUUAACAAAUACAAAGUGCUGUAGCAAACUUAAAAUCAAAACAAAAACAAACAAACAAACAAACAAAAUAACAACAACAACAAUAAGGCUUAACCCAAAAAAUAACUGAAACAGCAACAACUAAAAAAAACAUCCUCACGGAAUUCGCUACAAACUCAAGUGUUUGUCAAAAACGAAAAAAAAACAAAAUAAAAUUCAUCAAACUAACAGCAGCUGCACAAUUUUUCUUGUAUCUUUUUUUUUUCAAACUCAUCAUCGUCAACACCAUCUUAGACAUCGUCGUCCUUGAGUCAGAGUGAGGCAGUCAGUACCAAAACAAACACACACAACUAUACAUACGAAUAUUUCAAUCUAUUGCAACAAUUUUUGGUAAAUACAAAAACUAAACACCGACAUUCAUCAACAUCAUCAACAACAAACUCUCCUCUUGUUAACCUGUUUUCAUUUGUAUCUUUAAUCCAUUCAAUCCAUCGCUACGUUUAUAUUCUGCAGUUCGGUGCAUUGUUUUAAGUUUGUUGUUGCUGUCACUGUCACUGCUGCUUCCGCUGCUGCAUUUUUUUGUACCCUUCGAAAUGGCGAAAAUGAAUAAUUUCUCAACAACAACUGAAACGCUGCCCAAGAGUGGCCAUGUUACUGAAGUUUGCAAAGAAUGGCUUGUACGAGAAGAUGGUGCUUUGGCCUAUAAAUUGCAAUCACAAGAGAUCACUGAUUUCUACAAAGGCAAUCGCACGCGUAAUGCAGUCGUUCGGGAAGACUUUCCCACAGCCUUGCAAGAGCAAAUCAAAGAAAAAGAAACGGCAGAUAAGCAAGUGGAGCAGUAUAGAAGAAAAUUAAAAGAACAGGAAGAGCAUGACAAAAGAGUGGCCAAAGAAAUAGCUGAUAAGUUAGAAAGAGACCUACAAGAGCAAAAUUUGAGAGAACUAAAGGACAGCGAAAAAAUAGCACAAGAAAUGCAGGAAAUCUAUGUUAAUCUACCGCCUGUACCACCGCCCUCUGCCAGGGACAAAUCGAAUAAGGUACCACCACCUAGACCAGCCAAAAGUUCUACUUUACAGCAACAACAUAAUCAUCAUCAACAGCAACAACCUUUAUCACCCAAUGGUUAUCGCAAUCCAAAUAGUCCACCAUUUCCUAUUGUCUUGCAGCAACAUCAUUUCUCCAAUACCGAUGGUUAUGUAGGUUUAGCUUUGCAGGCUACGCCAGCCCAACAACGCAAUCAUCAUCAUUAUCCAAAUAGUGCUCAACAACAACAAAGAUCCCCCACAAAUACUGCCAAUCAUAUUGUGGUAGGUGGUGCUGGUGGUGAUAAUAAUUUAUCGCCAACUCAUCUCCAACAACAACAACAACAUCAUCAUGCAUCAUCCUCAUAUCGUCCUGGCCUAUUCGAAUCAUCUUCAUCAGCUUCAAUUGCUUCAAUAUCAUCGACAGGCUCAGCCAGCAGACGCCAGAAUGUAUUUGAUUCUCAGCUAACCAUGAAUACAAGUUUUAAUUUACCACCCCCUCUAACACCCAACUCACCACUUACACCCCUCACGCCCAAAACACCAACACAUGCAUUUAUGCACACACCACCACCAUUGCCGCCAAAUCACCCGACAUCAUCCCUAACACCCACAACCACCACCACACCCCACGCACAGUCAUCCACCAGUCAUCCAGACAUUGAGGAAAUCAUAGAAUAUUCCGAUGUGGCCGAUAGCAUAAGACGUUAUGACAUUACCAAAUCCCUAGAUACACCAGAUUCAUUAGCACAGCACAUUGCAUCAUCAUCAUCAACAUCCUCCUCACCGGCACAUCACCAUCAGAGUGCUAGAAUCAAUCGUCUUAUGUCACCAUCUAAUGAAAAUCUUUUAAAAAAUGAUCACAAAUUUCAGAAACUAUCACCCGAGAAGUAUGACCAAAUGGUGGGCAAUAUGAAUGGUAUUUUGAAUGGAGCCGUAGCUGGUGCCGCUGGUGGUGGUGCUGCAGCUGUAGUUGUUGCCAAAGAACGUCAAAAUCAGGAGAAUGUCGACGAUAUAGAAUUGUAUGUGGAUCCCUGUGAUUAUGCCAGUUUAAAGGAAAUCGGUUUACCCAUGCAGGAGAUCAAAGAGAUGAGUGCCAAAUUGAAACAGGAACAGAAAGAUGCUUUAUUGGCUCGUCGUUUACAGGAACUGGAGGUCCACGAUGGCAUGUCCUUGGAGGAGAGAGAUCGUAUGUUGGCCAUUGAGGCCCAAGAUAAAGAAUUAGCCAAAAUGUUGCAAGAAAGAGAAAAAGCCAAAGCAAAACGUGCCAAAGAGAAGGCCCGUCAACGUAAGAGUCAACAAAAGGAGCCACAAACUCUAACCAAUGGCAUACAUCCACACAAUGGGCCCAUCCAGCCAAUGCCACAAGAUUGUAUGACUUCGUCGUCCACAUCCUCGUCACGACACAGCCACUCAUUGUCCAACGAUGGCAGUGCACAAUAUCAAAGAGAUCAAUUACAAGAAGAUCCACUAGAUUUAGAAGCCUACUCCAGUCCAAUAGAUGUUCUAAAACAUGCACAACGCACACAAAAUGGUUGUCUAACCAAUGGCAGUUUGACACGAGACAUUGCCAGUCAACAGGCACGACAUGCUAGUCUCAAUAGAGAGGAUGAUAUUUAUACACUGCCGGUAGAUAGUUGCCGUCCGGGGCCGAGCACAAGUGCCAGGCCAGCCUCCAUGGGUGUGGGAGCGGAUACUCAAAUACAAACGGGUUAUUCACAGAAUUCAAUGACUAGAUCUGAAAACUAUUCCAUACACUCUCACGACUCCUUGAAUUCGCGACUUAGUUCUGGUUCAAAAACUCAAAAUUUUGGUAUAUAUAUCAAAACUCCAGCCCCACUCCGCCUUACAUGCCAAUUCAAGGUACAAGGCGAUCGAAUUCUAGCGAAGAUCGUAAAAAGAAAACCAAGGACAAUAAAUGCACACAUCAAUAAAACUCUACAAGACAUUUAAAAGCUCUCCAAACAUUUAUACCAUAUUCAUACAUAAUACAAUAUUUAUUAUAAAUUAUUUACUUAAACAAUUAAAUUGUUAUAUCCACAUAACUAAAGAAUGACAAAAGUAUUUAUGUAUUUAAUCUCCAAUAACAAUGUAUCUUAAAUGUACUUAUUCGUAAAACUAUACCUAUAAACAAUAAUCCGCUCUCUGUCUUUUUAAAACUCCUUUAUCUUAAAAUAACCAAAAAAAAAAUGGAGGUUGGACUUUUCAACAUAUCAUUAUUUACUUAGUAUAAAAAACUUUUGAUUUUUUUGUUUAGAUUUUAUAUAAAUUUUAGCCAAGUAAUACUGAACUGACUGGAAAUAUUUUGCUCUCUAAAUCUGUCUCUCUGUAGUUAAUACUUUUUUAUAUAAAUAUUUUUUUUUAAUAAAUAUUUAUGACAAAGAUUUACAUAUGUAUUUUGUAGUUAAUUUAAUGAAAUUUAUAUUAAAGAAAUUUAUAGUCUUAAUCAAAUCAAAAUUUUCAAAAUUAUUCGUAAUCAAAAGAAUGAAAUAUAUAAAACAAAACAACUUUAAGUAUUCAAUAUUUAAGGGUAUUUUCUAUGAUCUAUUAUUAAAAUAUUUUUUUUCCUAAUAUUUAAGCUUUACAAAAAAUAAAGAAAUUAUAAAUAUUCAUGAAA